AUGUCUUUUAAAGCAGCAGGCAAACGUUUCCUAUCGACAGUAAAAGAAACAAACGGCGGCACCGAGAUAGACUUCACUGGCGUGGGAAAGGCUAUUGGAAUGGGGGCACUUACCUUCAUGGCGGUGGCAAAAUAUCUCGAGAAAAAAAGGAAGGCUGAAGAAUUACUGCCGGCGAUCUUAAAGAAAAAGAAAUGGAAUAUCAACGGAGCAAUCAGGACAUUUGACACAGAUUCAGUCUACUAUGUAGAUCCAGCAAAUAACGAGGAAAAUCAGAGAUUCCUAGCUAGCAUCAAGAAUCGCCAUU